AGCUGGAGUGGGGAGGCCGCUAGGAAGUUGCAUCGUUGGGGGAGAGAGGAAACAAAAACGCGGGGCACGCGCUCACGUCCUGGACACGGGGACACCGCUUUAACAAAAAAGCCCUUUGCGAUUGCGGGAGGAGACUUGCACUGCCUGGAGGUACGACCAAGCACGGAGCUCCAUCGCAAAAAUCACUGAAGUGAGCCAGAGCAGCUCAAACACCCAGAGACCUCGAACCUCAAGCGUGGAGGAGCCAGCCGCUGACCAAGGAGGUGCACGAGGCGAUCCGGAGCGAGGGAGAGGUGGCCCAGUGGGUUGGGAGUGGGAGGGAGGACGCGGGUGGCGGGGGGGGUGAAGGAGAGCGAAAGGAAGAGUGCGGGAUGGGAAGCAGGGAGCGUGUGGCGAUGGCUGUGGUGGUGGCGACCGUAGUCACGAUGGCGGCAGUGCUUGCCCAGCUGCUACCGACUGCGGCGGGAGCAACUCUGGAGGUGCUCACCGAACGGCUGCGGCGCGACGUGGACUCGAGCGUCGAGACCAGCCUCGAACUCGGGAACGACGACGACAACAAUAACGGCGGCGGCGGUGGUGGUGGUGGCACCAUCAGCAGCAGCAGCAGCGGCGGCGGCGGUGGCGGUGGCUCCCAGCCAGUGCACGCGGGAGGCGGGCGUCACCCCCACGUCUACAACCACGUGUACACCAUCAACAUGCCGGCCAGCGCGCUCUGCGGAGCGGCGCCCCAGGAUGGAGACGCCGCUGACGCCGGUGCCGCCGGUGCCGCCGGAGGCAGUGCAGGUGCCGGGUCGGCGCCGAUCGACGCGGGAGGUGCAGCGGGCUCGGCGAUGUUCGUGGAGCAGACGGAGGACUCGGACAGCCAGAUCGUGUUCACGCACCGCAUCAGCAUCCCGCGCAAGGCGUGCGGCUGCCACGGCGACCACGACGACCACGACCACGACUCGCCGCUGCUGCGCCAGCUGCUGAGCCGCAUCGAGCUGCUCGAGCACCAGGUGUCCGCGCUGCGCCAGCAGUGCACGGCCAACGGCAACAGCAACGGCUACGGCUGCUGCGGGGGCGGCGCAGGCGGUGCCGGAGCCUCGGCGGCCUCCGCAGGCAACGUGGACUACCUCCCUCCGUGCAGCGGCCACGGCAACUUCAGCCUGGAGGCGUGCGGCUGCUCGUGCGACGACGGCUGGGGCGGCGCCAACUGCUCCGAGCCGCUGUGCCUCCCGGCCUCCUGCGGCGACCGCGGCCGCUGCGUGGACGGCGAGUGCCUCUGCCCCGACGGUUACGAGGGCGACGCGUGCCGCCUCGCCGGCGCCCGCUGCCCCGACGACUGCAGCGACCAGGGCCGCUGCGUGGGCGGCGAGUGCCGCUGCUUCGAGGGCUUCGAGGGCGACGCGUGCCAGCUCGCCGCUUGCCCCGACGGCUGCAACGAUCAGGGCCGCUGCGUCGGAGGGGAGUGCCGCUGCUACGAGGGCUUCUCGGGCGAGCGGUGCGACGUGGCCGACGGCCGGGAGGAGCCGGAGGAAGAGGAGAGGGAGAGGAGGAAGAAGAAGACGGAGGAGGAGGAGGAGGAUGAGAAAAAAGAGGAGGAGGAGGAGGAAGAAGAGGAGGUCGUGGUGCGAGAGACGGAUCGGCAGAUCUUGGGAAGCGUGCUGUGCGCCAGAAAUUGCAGCGGCCUGGGCGCGUGCGUCGACGGCGCGUGCGUCUGCAACGAGGGCAUCCUCGGGGAGGAUUGCUCCGAAGUGCCCCCGCCGUGGAACGUGACGGUGACGGGCGUGACGGACCGCACGGUGGACCUGGCGUGGGCCCACGACCUCGUGGUGACCGAGUACGUGCUGCGCUACUCGCCCGUCGCCCCCGGCGGCCUCGUGCUGGAGGUUCGCGCGACGGGCGACAGCAGCAACGCGACGCUGCGCCAGCUGGAGCCCGGCGUCGAGUACCUGGUGACCGUGCAGGCCGUACUCAACGGCCUGCUCAGUGUGCCCGUGUCGGCGCGCGUGCACACGCAUCUGUCGAAGCCCGAGGGGCUGAGGUUCAAGUCCAUCGCGGAGACGGAGGUGGAGGUCGUGUGGGAACCCUUCUCCGUCCCGCUUGACGGCUGGCAGAUUACGUUCCACCACGGGGCGGCGGACGUGGUGACGGACCUGCACGGUGACGCGACGUCGCACGUGCAGAGCGGCCUGCUGCCCGGCGAGGAGUACGAGGUGCGGCUGGUGGGCGUGCUGGAUGGCGCGCACGGUCCUCCCGCCGCCGCCACCCUCGCCACGCCGAUCGACGGCCCUCGCGCCUUCGAGGUGCGCGAGGUGACCGACUCGUACGCGCACCUGUCGUGGGAGCGGAGCCGCGCGCGCGUCACCAGCCUGCGCCUCUCGUAUCGCACGACGGGCGACGCGCGGCCCACCGAGCUGGGCCUGCCGCCCACGGCCACCGAGUACACGCUGCAGGGCCUGCGGCCCGGCCGCCUCUACCACGCGACGCUGCGCGCAGAGCGUGGCCUCGCGCAUAGCGGCGCCUUGCACGCCAGCUUCACCACAGCGCUGGACGCGCCGCGGAACCUGAGGGCGAGCCACCAGGGCGAGAGCGGCGGCGGCCUGCUGCUCGAGUGGGAGAACAGCCGCGCCCAGGUGGACGGCUACCGGGUGGUGUUCGCCCCCAUCGCCGGCGGCCCCCACGGAAGCAUUAACGUCACCCACCAGGGGCCCGACCUCACCUCCGCCGUCACCAUUACCGACCUGAUGCCCGGGACAGAGUACGGCGUCGGGGUGACUGCAUACAGGGGCGACAUUCAGAGCAAACCCUCGACCAUCAACACCCGCACAGAGAUGGACAGCCCGCUGAACCUUCAAGUGACUAACGCGUGGGACACGGGCCUCACCGUGCGCUGGGACCCAUGCCGGGCGCGCGUCGACCGCUACGCCAUCAUGCACAUCUCGGGCACGGGCGCCAUCGGCGAGCUGGCCGUGCCCGGCUCCGAGACGUCGGCCAACCUGACGGGCCUCCGCCCGGCGACCGAGUACACCGUGGUGCUGCAGGCCGAGAGCGGCCUCGAGAAGAGCCGGCCCGCGACGCUGUCGGCGAACACAGGCUUCCGCCCCGUGCAGACGCUGCACUUUUCCGACGUGAGCUCUAGCGGCUUCCGCGUGGCCUGGGACCCGCCCACCGUGCCGGUCGACGCCUUCGUGCUGCGGGUGUCGGAGUCGGCGCCGGGCCCCGGGGAGGGCCCCGGGGAGGGCCCCGGGGAGGGCCCGCGGGUGGUCACCAUCGACGGCGGGCAGAGCGACGCGCUCGUCUCAGGCCUGCUGCCCGAGCGGCGCUACGACGUGUCGCUGGUGGCCGUGAAGGGCAUGACCACGGGAGAGGCCGUGCUGGGAGAUGUGGCCACAGCCCUGAACCCGCCGACGAAGCUCUCCUUCUCGAACGUGACCCAGACGAGCGUCACGGUGAGCUGGGCUGCCAGGGAGCCCACCCCCAGCUCCUACCAGCUGUCCUACGAGCUCACGGGCGGAGAUGGGGAUCGUGAGACGGUGUCGCUGGCGGGCGGCGUGACGGAGUACACGCUGCAGGACCUCGCACCGGGCACGGAGUACACGGUGGGGCUCGCCUACCUCCCCGACCCCGACAACAACGACGCCUCCACGGGGAGCGUCACCACCGUGCUGGACGGCCCCGUGGCGCUGCUGGCCGUGAACGUGGUGGCCUCCGAGGCGCUGCUGGUGUGGCGUCCGGGACGGGCGCCCGUCGACUCUUACAUCGUCACCUACUCCACGAGCGGCCACCCGGGCGGAGAGGAGGAGGAAACUCUCAACGUUCCGGCCCCCAGCCUCGAGCAGCAGCUGACGGGGCUGCGCCCGGCGAGCACGUACCACGCGACGGUGCGCGCCGUCAAGGGGGCCCUGGAGAGCCCGUCCCGGGCCACCACCUUCACCACGGCCUCGGGCUCCCCGCUGGCGGUGACCUUUGGCUCCGUGACGGAGAGCACGGUGGAGGUGAAGUGGCUGAGCCCGACCCCCGCGCCCGACUGGUUCAUCGUCUCCUACGUGCCCACUGACGGGGGCGAGGUGGAGAGCGUGACAGUGGCGGGCGCGCUGGUGAGCCACACGCUCACCGGGCUCUCCCCGGGCACCGAGUACGAGGUGAGCGUCGCGUCACUGAGCGGCGCCGUCGAGAGCGAGCCCAUCUCCUCCUCAGUCACUACCGCGAUCGACGCUCCGCGCGACCUGGCGGCCGUGGAGGUGGCCGGGCAGAGCGCGCUGCUCACGUGGCGCCCGCCGCUCGCCAACAUCACGGGAUACACGCUGAGGGUGCAGGGCCCCGACGGCGACACCACGGAGCUGCAGGUGGACGCGGGGGCCUCGUCGCGGCAUCUCGAUGGCCUGACGAGGAGCACGCCCUACAGCGCCGGCCUGUACGCCCUGCGCGGGGACGAGCGCAGCGCCGCCGCCCUCGCCGACUUCACCACCGACGGGCGUCUGAUCCAGAACCCCCAGGACUGCGCGGAGCAGUCGCUCAACGGCGAGACGGAGAGCCGCGUGUACACGGUGUACGUGCGCAACAACGAGUCGCAGCCGCUGCUCGUCUUCUGUGACAUGAGCACGGACGGGGGCGGCUGGAUUGUGUUCCAGCGGCGGCAGAACGGACGCACCGAGUUCUUCCGCGAUUGGAAGUCGUAUGCGCGGGGAUUCGGCGACCUCCGCGAUGAGUUCUGGCUCGGUCUGGACAACCUCCACCGGCUGACGCAGCAGGGCCGCUACGACCUGCGCGUGGACCUGCACGACGGCCCCGAGGAGGCCUUCGCCUUCUACGACCGCUUCGCCGUGGCCGACGCCGUCGCGCUGUACCGCCUGCGGAUCGGGGCCUACAACGGCACGGCCGGCGACUCGCUGUCCUACCACCAGGGCCGGCCGUUCUCGGCGCCGGACCGCGACAACGACGUGGCGGUGACGAACUGCGCCAUCUCCUACAAGGGCGCGUGGUGGUACAAGAACUGCCACCGCGUCAACCUCAACGGGAAGUACGGCGAGGCCAGCCACAGCCAGGGCAUCAACUGGUACCACUGGAAGGGCCACGAGCACUCCAUCCCCUUCGUCGAGAUGAAGAUGCGUCCACACGGAUACGUGCACCCGCCCGGGGAGCAGCGCUAAACGCUCACCUCCUUCCUUCCCAUCUCGACCCCCCAGCGGAGCCCCCUCCCCUCACACCCCCUCCCCUCCCCUCCCCCUCCUCCCACUCACCCCACACUGGCCAGAGCACGAACCCAUUCACCCAAAGGCAGAUGCACACCUGAGCGAUGGGUUUUAUUUUGUAUUUUUGUUUAGCCAUGGUGAGCACUCGGGAGACCAGGCUGGAGUCUCAUUCGCCGAGCGUGACCUGGGACAUCAGUCUGCCGGGUCGGGUUGUCUGACGACUGCCACCGUGCGUCAUCCCAAUUGAGUAGCGUGCGGUGUCAUUAUCCGAUUGAGAAAAAUUUGGACCCUGACGCCGGCACUCGCGAUGGCCUUGCUCUCUUGGGAAAACGACGUCGCGGGAUCUUUAAAGUCCCACUGCGAGCGAAGCGAGACGGCGGCGUUGCGAUCGUUACGGUCGGCGCACACCGCCGCAGCGUUAACCAGGGCGGCCCGCCGGAUUCGAACCGCGAACCUCCACGGCGAACGCGACGCCCGCCCGCCCGGUCACCCGCCCACUACCAAAGUCGCGUAACUUGCGCGCCUCUGCAACCAGUUGCGAACACUUGCACGCAACCGGGUUUCCUCACAGUCGAGACCGACUGGGUUUCUGCUCGGCGAACAGGGCAGCGAGAGAGAGAGCGAGAGAGAACGUACGGGGCGAACGAUGCAAACGGAGACGGUGAAAAGACGCAACGAAAACUGUCGAACGCGUUGCAUGGGGAUUGUGAUGAUCCGUAAGUAAUCGUGACUUGUGGAAGGGAUAAACGGCCUAGGGUUUAUUUGUGACUGCUCCCAUAUUUAAGUGGCAUGCUGUGAUUAAAACAUUGUGGGUGUUUUUUUUUUAUUUGCGAAUGUUACAUCGUUGGGGAACUCUAUUAUUAAUCAGAUAGUUUGACGGUUUAUUCAAUAAAUGAGUGGUCAUGCAUCUUUCACGACAGGUUUAGAAACACUUCGUCUAUGGCAUUAUACAAAUCCCAUGUUGUCUGUGAGUGUGUGUGUAUAUAUAAUAUACAAUCACAGAGCACUGCUGCCACUCGCCUAUAGAUAAAAAAAAAAUCCACUCUCCAUUGUCAUUUGAAUUCGAAACCAAAACAGGUUUCCAGUAUGUCUCUUGAGCCAAUGAUGCCAAUAACCCCUUAUCGGUACUACCUAGGCUGGCAAAUGCUACCAGUGAUUUAUUUGCAGCGUGCUAUCUCUAGAUCACAACCAUGUAUGAUAGCAAGGUCGACGUGGUAGCUUUUUUUUUAGAAACGUGUUGUUAGCAAACGGUACCGUAGUACAUUUGAGAACCCCAAAAAAACGAAUGUGAUGGUAAUCAUCCACGGAAGACGAAAAUAAACAGGAAAUGCAUCUGCAAAUGAAACUGGAUCACGGUGGACACUGCCCAUGGUGGACACUGGUAGCGUUUGUCUUCCCAGGUGGUACCGAUCAACCCCCAUUGGCUCGUGGUCUAACGUCGCAGCCUCUGCGAUUGAGGUCGACUUGGAGGUGGGGCGCACGCUGCACGGUAUCACGUUGCUGAUGUCGCCACGCGCGCUCGUCGCUUCGUAUCGUCACACGCGGUGAAAGAGGAUUUUCAACGGCGCAACAACGUAUUAGAAGUGACGACACCGAUGAUGAUGAUGACGAUGAUGACGCCAUCGGCAUCGUGCACGACAAUGUCCACUCGGAGACUCGCGGUAACUUGUCCCGCACCAAAGACGGGUGAGCGGUCAUCGUUAAGUUGAAACCUGCACGCGUUGAUUGUCCUGGAAAGUGGAUUUGUUGGUUAGCGGUAAGGCGCAUCGUUAGUUUAUGGUUGAGGUGUAUCUGUGAAGACUUUGUGUGUGCCCCAGCAAGCACGUGCGUGUGUGUGUGUUUGUAGCUUUUGCACGCGGUCGCUACUUAAAGCUUGGUUAGAGCCGGUGUUUGGAUUUUGAGCGAGGUGUCCGAAUCAUUCUUCGGAUUAUUCUGUUACCGAAUGUCGGCUGUAGAGCGGGGCGUUAUUUGUUAGAGGGCCCACCGUGGCGCAGCAGAUACCUCGUUGCGAUGGGUUGGCCAACAAGGUGGCUUGAUUGGACCUGGGUUUCGCCUGAUUUUUUUCCCCCCAGAACUCAAGUUGGAGGGCAAAGUAAACCGCUGCCCUAUGAACAGCAAAAGAGGAAAGCUGCCCUCAGACUCCGUGAAAUAGCUGUGGACAUCAUCAAAGAAGCAGGAACCAGUAGGUGGAACAACAUUUUAAGGACUUUAAAAUAUUUACACAAGAAACAAAAGCAGUGAUUCUUUGAUUUUACAAGUCAAUCAAGUUCCUUGCGAGUCAAAUAUCAAGACCUUGUUACUGAUGAAUAUGAAAUCUAUUCGUCUCUGCCUGGAUUCUGACAGAAGAAAUUCAGGCUUAGCCGCGAAUUGAAAUGUCCCAUGAUAUUUUGGGAUAUCGUCCAAUAUUCAAACUCGAGUUGACAAACAUUCUAGAGACACAUGCCGCUGUGACGGAAACUUGAGCUUCAAACUCGUGUUAUGUUGUUAAUGUAAACUAGGCACUGGGUUAGAUUCCCCUUCUUCUGGCCGUGACAUAGUCAGGGCCAGGCCGAGAUUGAUUGGUACCUACCGCCAGUAUUCUUAGGUUUUCUUUUUUUCCGGUAAAGUCACGUUGAUACAGCUAUCGUGCUGCGACGGUUCCACCUGAAGACAGAAGCUUGUGUUGCCUCCGAAACGUCGUGAUUUUUCUUUUUUUUCUUUUUUUUUACCGACGUGACUUUACCGAAAAAACCUAAGAAUAUGAAUCUUUGCAGUCACGAAAGCUUCAAAUCUAGAACCUACCGCCAACCCAAUAUUUUACUAUCUUAAUGAUGCAGAUUUGUCAAGUCUCGUCAAGUUUCCCAAUGAGCUCGAACGAGCGUUCGGCCGUGGGCAUCUGCUGUUGUCGGCAGUGCCGAGACAGUUGUGGAAAUUCCAAAUUACUAUGGCAGGGCCUUAUUCUCUCCCUAAUUAUAAACAACUACCAGACGAUACACCGUUGCGAGGAUGGGCAGCUUUCCUCUGUCCUCACAUCCGAGGGGAUAUCUUUACCCCAGGUCUCCAAAAACCUUUUUGCUGCCCUGCCCAAAGAGAAGACUGUCCGAGUUUGACACAGACAGAGAUUACAAUUUGAAUCCCUAAGUCCUGGCGACAUUGAUAAUGUGACAUGGAGUAUUAUCUGGGCCAGAGACAGUUUGGGAAAACGUUUUUCUUGUGAUGUGCAUCGGCUACAUCUCUGUCCUUUGAACUGAUUCCUGCUUUAACUUGUCCGCGUGAACAAUGAAACGUCUAAAGCCUGUUAUAAUCUCGUAACACGGCACACGGUUUUUAUUUUAUUUUACUAGGGCAAUGUUUUUAUUUCGGUGACGUGCGUUUCGUUGUUUCCCCCUCAAUCCCAGUUUGGACGCUUUAAUUUUGACCGUCAUCAGCGCGGACUGCGCUUCAUGUGUGCCGGGCCCGUGUAUGAAAUGUAUAUACCGUACUCGAUAGAUUCUAUCAAUGCUCCUGCAUCCUCACAAAAUACAGCUACGAGGAUCUUUCUGUUAUUUUUAUUAUUACUACUAGACUUAACUUUUUAAGUGCUUAGAGUUUAUCACAGUUGCACAUGUAUGCGGUAGAGUAGAAACCCCAGGGCAUUCUUGGUCAUAGCGUAUUAUAUUUAGACCACGUAACACACACAGGUGUUGCUAUGGCAAAUGUGGUUGUCGGCCCUCGGAGGGAGUGCAGCAGGGGGGGGGGAAGGGAGAUCCGUAGGAGGCUUAGGUCUGCGCCCCGGAACGUCUGAUUAUAUUUCACAACUCGCCUGGGCAGUGAAAACUCGCGCAAAUGGUCGUGAUUUUGCCUUUAAUUUUUUACCAUAACAGCCUCACAUGAGUCGGACCGGUGUAAUUCACCAGCGCCGCGUAUGUGUUUCGAUGUCUCUAAGUCAAAGUUUAAACAACAACAACUCUGCUCUGACGUACAAUGGGGGCUGCCCCUUGAGCCAUUGGUGACAAUUACACAUUUCCAUGGACGGUGCCAGUCCAUCCGAAACACGAACCGACUUUUCACUUCUCACAAAGUGGUACUAUGCUUUGCAAUUUCACCGGAGGUUGUGAUGGGCUUCAGUUAGAUAAUACAUGGGAUGUUUGUGUUGUCGAGUUAAACAGAAAUGCCUCCCAACGCCCCCCUCCCAUCUCCCCCCUGCCCCCCCCCCCCCCCAUGACCCUGCCGACAAGACAAUUCGCCAAAUGACGACGCGUCUCUGUGAACAAUAAAACGGAUGAACGAACCAA